AGAGCGGCGGCCAAGAUCGAUUUUCACGUCACUGUCGUCGCCGCCACCGCUGCCGUCGCCGCAUAGUCUCGUUCCGUCGACCACCGGCCGCUAAAUCCGCGCGUAUAUUAUAAUACCGGCCACAUACCGUCCAUUGUAAACCAAGUGUAUACCUAGACCCGGCCGCUUACCCGACUGCUUAUAACCCUGACCGCGGUAUACCAGGGUCGCACGACACCCGCGUCGCGGUCACGCCGCCGCCGCCGUUACACACGCGUCAUGUCGCCCGCCAUGGCGUUGCUGCUGCUGUCGUCCACGUCGCUCUUGGCGUCCAUCACCGCCACGUCGGCCGACGACUGUGUGCUGGACCUGGCCAUCGUCUGCCUGGACGACAAGUUGCUGGUGUACGUCAAUUGGCUGGAGAAGCGGGACAAGCUGAACGUGGUCGGUGACAUCGUGACGAUCGUCAAGAAGAAGGAGGCGGGCCUAGCCGAAGACAGGUCCAAGCUGCAGCCGCACAACACCAAGCCGCACGUGCACCGGGUAAGCACGUCCCUGGGACCGGCCAUCGACGAGUACUUCGACACGCACACCAUCCGGAUAUCUCUGCCUUGGAUACUCGACGACGACAUCGAUCUGGAACUCGACCAGCAAGGCCGCGGCAAGAAGACCAAAUUGAAACACCUCAAGAAAAUGAUGUCGAUGCUGGGCGUGAUCAUGUGCGCCAAACUGUCGCUGAUGGGACCGCUGGCCAUGGUCAUGAUCGGAGUCAAGGCGCUCAAGGCCCUGCUGCUCGCCGUCGUGUCACUGACCAUAUCCAAACUCAUGUUGCUCAAGAAGUUUAAGGGCGGAGGCGGCGGUGGAGGUGGAUACGGCAGCGGAUCCGUGGUCCAGGCUGACUGGUCGUCGGACAAGGACGACCGGAACGCGCAUCUGCUCGCCUACGCCGGACAGUCGGCCGCCGCCUCGGGGACAGCUGUCAUGUCGCCGUCUUCGCAACAACCCCUCCAACCGAUGUACCCUUCGUACGAACCUCACGGCUAUCACGGGGCUGCCUGAACGCCGUCACGCCACGACCAUCACAAUCACCACCAACUCCCUACCACCAUCACUAUACCAGCACUACCCACACAUCACCGACAUCCCCCUUCGCCACUAUUUCCGGUCAUCGGAUAUGAAACAUUAGCACUUCCGUGAAUAUCCACCCGGGAGUGGGAGGGCGGACGUCAUCCGAACGCGCGUGUCCGUCAAACUAGUCACCGCUAUUUACCGCUUCGACCUUCACAAACCAACCACCGUCGCCACCACCUGCCAACCGUCAUCGUUUAGCUGUAUAGCUUCAGGUAUAAAUUAUUUGCCAUCCCCGAAAUCUGUAAGUCACCCAACGAACUCCCCCCCCACACCUCUAAAUUGUUAUAAUGUCGAGGAACGUUUCUGAUGCAGGUAUAUUAUUUUUCGGUUUUUUUCCCUCAGUCUACCGUGUUAUAUAUUAUUAUUUUUAAUGUUAUAUAUUAUAAAUGGGCAUUAUUAUUGUCCUUACCUAUUGAGAGGAUUUUUUUUAUCGUACUGUUCUAAUUUUCUCAGUCAAUUUCAGUGUUGCGUACAUUGUUUUUUGUAUCAUUUGAAUAGUACCUAGGGGUACUUAUGAGUUGCAACAAUAGAAAAGAACAAAGUUCUAGAAUUUUUUAUGAUUGUCCUUUUUAGGUUUUGUUUAAAAAUGUUUUCUAAUGGCAACUCUUAUUUUAGUUCAUGUUCCUAACAAUUCAAACUAGAAUAUUAUUUUUUUAAUAAAUUUGUAUCUUCGAAUAUCUAAAUUCGUAUAUUAUUUACAAUCAUUAAAAGUUUGGUUUAGAUGAAUGGAUACUUUACGAUAAUUUUUGGUUACACCGGCCAUCAAUAAUAAUUGAAAUAUUUAUAAAUUAUUAGUUGUUGGUUCAAUAUUUUAUUUAUUUUAUUUCACCGACAUUGUCAAAUAAUAAUUCUAAAUAUAAAAUUGAAAAUAUGAAUUGCCAUUAAAAAAAAAUUAGCUUAAAAAGACAUGAAAAAAUCUAAUUUUUUAUUGUAAAAACACAAAUAUUCGAUUCUUAUAAUAUUGUUAUUCAUAAUUACUUAUUAUAUUGCAUUACACCAUGACGAUAGCUUUUGAGUUUCCUACAUGUCAAUCAUUUGCACUUCUGAAAUCUAUAAAAUAUUAACGUCGUUCACCACUAUACGGUUUGUCAAUUUGAUCGGUCGACAAUCAAAAUAUAAUAUAAUUCAAUGCACAAUAUCACGCGUGAUAACAUUAUCGUCUAAGUACACGUCUAAAACCUUUUUUCAAACUCGUCCAUUUGUUGAAAAACGAUCGAGUUGAUCGGAAAAGUCGCUGCAUAGGCGGAGUUCAGUGACUUUUCGACAUGUUCGGUUUUUUCACUCUUUUUUACUAUAUAAUUAAAUAGAUAAUUAAAACUACGAGAGUCCCAACAGUGUGGGUAAUUUUAUAAUAAUAUAUUAAAUAUAUAUAUACAUAGUAUACUAUAUGAUGUAAUAUAAACUAUAUAGGCCUCUAAUUAGAUCGUCGAAUAAUUUUAAUUUAUGUAUUAUUUUUUUAUUUUUAUAUUAUCAUGGACACUACAAAAUCGACCGUCGUUUAUUUUAAUAUUAAACAUCAUCUUUAGCAACCACUUGAUACAAAUGAAAUACAAUUUUAACAAUUACCAUCACCUCACGACUAAUGUAAGAAUUUAUACAGUAUUUUAGACGUUGUGGCUUUCGCGAUUCCUAUAAUAUUUACACUAGUAAUUUUUUUCUUCCUUUUUUUUUUUAUAUCCAUCUAUAUAUUUUUAACAAAUAAUAAUCAUAAUUGUAUAUUAUUUUAUGUAUUUAUAUGGUUUUUUAUCGACGCGUAUUAUUGUCCGUUCUUUCGUAUGUAUACAUAAACUUAUGUUUUUAUAUAAUAUUUAA